GACAUUCCCACAUAGUAAGGUGGUCUUGACAGAAAGUUUCAUGUGUUCAUAUCUCAAUUUAUUUGCAGGAACACCAGUGGAAUAUUAUCAAGCAUGGGUCCAUUCAGUCCAGCCUGGAGCACUGACAACACAACAAUGAAUGGAAGUUACUACAGUGAAAGCUUACACUGUAUCACCAUUUACAAAAUCUUCAGUAUUCUUAAUGUCAUCAUUUGCAUGGUUGGGCUGGCAGGAAAUGCCAUAGUGCUGUGGCUCUUGGGCUUCCACAUGGACAGGAAUGCCUUCUCUGUCUAUGUCCUUAACCUUGCUGGGGCUGACUUCCUCUUCCUCUGCUUUCAGACUGUGUAUUCCCUGAAAAAAAUUCUACUUCUGUUCAAUGUCAACUUCUUCCAUGUUCCAUUCUAUCUCACCAAUUUAUCACUCAUUGCUUACCUUGCAGGUUUAUGUAUGAUUGCAGCCAUCAGUGUUGAGCGAUGCCUGUCUGUUUUGUGGCCCAUCUGGUAUCACUGUCAGAGACCAAGACACAUGUCAUCUGUCCUGUGUGCCCUGAUCUGGGCCUUCUCUCUACUGUUAAGCCUCAUGUUAGAGUUUAGGUGCAAUUCACUGCUUAGUUGUUAUGGAGUUUCUCUCUGUAAAACUGCUACUAUUACCACUGCUGUAUUUAUAAUAGUACUAUCUGUGGUUCCUUGUGGGUUCAACCUGGCCCUGUUGGUCAGGAUCUUCUGUGGCUCACAGAGGAUUCCUGUGACCAGGUUGUAUGUGACCAUUGCACUCACAGUAUUGGUCUUCUUACUCUUUGGUUUGCCCUUUGGUAUCUAUUGUAUGCUUCUCAUUUCGAAUACGAAGUUGCUUAGUAUUUUCUCUUGCAAUAGUAUUCAAAUUAUAAGUUUUCUGUCUUAUGUUAACAGCUGUGCCAACCCCAUUAUUUACUUCUUUGUUGGCUCCAUUAGGCAUUGCAGGUUUCAGAGGCAGUCUCUGAAGAUUCUUCUGCAAAGAGCCAUGCAGGACACUCCUGAGGAAGAAGAUGGAGAGAGGGGUUCUUCAGGAAAUCUGGGAGAGCAAGAAACAAUCUAG